UGUUGUUGGCUAAAGAUCUACAACUUCCUUAUGCCUAGAAGGAGCGCUUUUUCACUCUUGGUAUACGGUGUACAGGAGUAAAGUGAUAAAUGGAUUGUAGAAGUGCAACCCGAGAAACCACAGACCAACUGAGAACCGAGGAGGAGUCGAAGCGGGGCUGCUGAACGCCGCAGAAGCAGAAAUAAACGCUUGUUUCUGUCAAACCUAGGGAGAAGCACAGCUUGGCCAAAUUUCUCGUUCUGCACGACGGCUGAUUAGAGACCCGGUUUCGGCUGUUGAUCCGUCCAUAACGUCGCAAACUGCCUUGGGGCCACCGACAUGCUGACGGGACCCAAGAGUUUCUUUAAAGCCCGACAACGUGUCCCAGAUGCCAAGGACAGAAUGCUGUCCCACGGCAGCUCGGAUGCGGGGGACAGAGGGACACUUGGUCUUCGCCUGUUGCCAGGUGAACAUAUCCUCCAGAAGGCUGUCCUGGUCAGGAAGAAGCUACCCUGCAGAGAGGGGGGUGGCUGGCUGGCUGGCACACUCUUCUGCACCCCCUUCAGGGUAGCUUUUGUGCCCCAGGAUGACCUGACGCGUGACGAAAAUACUGACCCCAUCCUACUUGAAGACCAUGAUGUGGCACUGACCUGCGUUGAGAAGGUGGUGGCUGUGGGACCUUCCCGGAUGAAGGUCAUGACGCCCACCUCCACCCUGAAGUUCGUCCCAGAGGAGCUGCUCCUGUACUGCCGGGACUUCCAGGUGCUCGGCUUCCUGUUCGAUCGCCUGACCCCUGAGACCCAGGCCAUGGAGAUAGCGCAGGUUAUCGCUAAGGCCUAUCAACCUCUUCAGCCUGGAGCCCUGUUGACCUUUCUGAAUGCUGCUUUCGGAAGUGUGGAGAUGAGGCAGCGUCUCAGCAACCGGCACCGCGACACCACCAUGUGCUGGUUCGACAUCGCCUCUGACUGGGAGACCGAGCUGGAGAGGACGGGGGCCACGGGCUGGAGGGUCAGCAGCAUCAACCAUCGCUUUGAGAUGGCUGCCAGUCUGCCCAGGGUUAACGUGGUCCCGCAGAAGGUCCUGGACACCGAGCUGAAAAACACCUUCGCCCAUUUCAACGAGGGGCGAAUCCCUCGGUGGUGCUGGCGCCACCCCAGUGGGUCUGACCUGUUGAGGAUGGCGGGCUUCAAGAACAACAUCUACUGCGAGAGGGACGACGUCAGGAACCUGGAGGCGCUGGUGUUUGGCAGCGGGCAGCAGUGUGUAGUGGUGGAACUGGCGGAAGAGAUGCCCACACUGGCUGAUCUCCAGCAGGGGCACGCCCGUCUGCGUGCACUCUGUCUGGCCGAUGUGUCCACGGCGGUUACCGUACCAGACGAAAAGUGGCUGUCUUCGCUCGAAAGCACUCGUUGGCUGGACCAUGUCAGGUGCUGCCUUAGGAAGGCCACAGAGGCUGCGUGCCUGCUGAACGACGGCCUCCAGACGGUGAUACUGCAGGAGGCAGAGGACCGCGACAUGAACUGUGUGGUGAGCAGCCUUGUCCAGGUCAUGUGUGACCCAUACUGCAGGACCCUGGCUGGCUUUCAGGGCCUGGUGCAGAAGGAGUGGGUCGUGGCCGGUCACCGAUUCCUCAGCCGCGGCAACUACCACCGCGACCGGGAGAAGGAGGAGGCUCCCGUGUUCCUGCUCUUCCUGGACUGCGUCUGGCAGCUCUGGGCCCAGUUCCCCUCCCGCUUCCAGCUGACGCCGGAGUACCUGCUUGCCGUCCACGACAGCGCCCACCUGCCGCUCUUCAGCAGCUUCCUGUCCAACUGCGAGCUGGAGCGGCGACGGCGCAGCAAGUUUCUCCAACUUCUGCCCCAGUGCUACACCCCUGUAAAUGGCUUGGGGAAGGGACUGCCGCGGACUGCCUGGCAUGCACUGCCGGACCCGCCUCUGCCCCCGGUGUGGGACUGGGCCCUGCAGUACAGUUCUGCCCGACGCUCUCGAUUCACACAGCCCAUGACCCGGCCCGGCCCACCCCCACCGCUCGUCAACGGGAGUCUCAACACCGUCAAGACCAUGGAUGAAACCCCAGCGUCUGUGUUCCUCUUCUCUCGGGGCACCUUCACCUCCCCCUCCAACCUCCUGCCCUGGCGAGAGGGUGGAGGGAUGGGGCUCUCCAAGAGGAGUCUCAGGCGUGAUCCCCCCUCCGAAAGCCCUCUGGCACCUGAUUGGCUCCUGAAGGCCUGGAGCCUGGCAGAGCACACUACUAAGGCCCCCCAGAACCUGUCAGGAACCCUGAUCCCUCAACUGCUGGCUCCCUGCAUGGGUCUAUGGAAAGACUGCUACUUCCGAGGGGUGCUACAAGUACAGGUACGGCACUACAAGUACAGGUACGGCGCUACAAGUACAGGCAUUCCGCCACCCGGAGACCACAUCCGGCCACCCUGUGGACCAGCUGGCCAGGGAGCUGCAGCAACUUACGGAGGAGUUGGCAUUGGCAUCAGCCGUCGGAGCCAGGGGUUUGGGUCAAGUAGACCUGGCACCUGCCUCAACCAGAAUGCCAACAGCAGCACUCUCAUCCAUGCCACCAUACACCACCUGGACAAGUCUCUGACCUCAGCUGAAGUACCUCCCCUUACUGCUGCAUUUCCUAAAGUCACCAGGAGGGGGUACUGUUGAGUAGAAUUCCUUUCCAUCCAAGCAAAAUACAAACUGUCUACCCUGUUGGCCUGUAGCAUCAUGCUUAACCCUGCAUUAUUUCUAACAUCCUCAACUGGGACCAAACACAUACUGCAGAUCAAAGUAGUGUAACAUUAAAUGGAAUUGUAGGAAACUGAGGGUUAGGGAUAUUUACCAAAAUAGAUUUUGAACUCAAAAUAAUCAAAUCUGGCUACUUUACUGUUCAUCCUUGUGUAUAUAAUGAUUUUUUAAAAAUAUUGUUGUAUAAUGUGUCAAUUUUCUAUUUGUUUUUCAGCCAUUUCACGUGGAUCUUUCUGCAUCCUAAAAAUAAUUUCAGUCAGUGACUAGUUGGACUAGAUUCCACAGGAAAUCAUGUUGAAGAAGGUAACCGUUUUAGCUGUGAAAUAGAAAAAAUGUCAGAUUGUUUUAGCAAAAAAGAAAAGAUUUGACUUUGGAGUCCAUUUUGGGCGAGCUGUCCGUUCAGAUUCUAUUGUGGGUUGACUUCUGAGCAGCAUAAAAGCUCAUGACAGCAGACCGAAGACCAAAUGUGUUUUUAUUAGUUCUCUAAAUGUAGUUGGUCGACAUCCUUGAAAUAAGGAUUCUGUUUCUGUUUGUAUUUAUGACACGAGUGCUGGAGCCAGUUGCUGUUGUGUUUGUGUGUCUUUUGCUAAUCAUCGUUCCCCCCAAACACCUACUUCUUCAUGGCCAAGGGAACUCUUCUGUUAAGCUCUGCACCAACAUCGGACUGUUUCUGUUAUGACAAACGUUCACGCAGCUAUACAGUGAGCUGGUUUGGAGAAACGCAUUUACGAAUGAACGGACGACAGUUGGCCGUCUGCACGGACACCGAAAUAUGCAUCCCUUAUCGUUCUGGUUUGUCCGAGAGUGAAUCCAGCUCCCCUAACAGAGAUCAUCUUUGUGUGAGCUUAGGAUAUUGGCAUCGCUGCCGGCGAUUUUCCUCACAGCCGGAACCCAUGCUGCCAGUCCGACCGUUAUUGACCAGUUAGGUUUAUCAUGUUGAUUUGGACUCGUUGAAGAUUGUCGUUGUACCCGUCACAUCGUGCCGGAACGAGCCCACUGACCUAUGCAAUAAUGAGCGGUGAGAAUUAACGACGGAUUCUAACAUGUAACCAGUCAUCAUCUAAGUUACUUGAAAGCGACUCUUCGGUGGAUUUCGUCCGUCGGCAUAAACAGGGUGAUUUUCACAAGCAAAUCAUUUUCAAGGCGCGAUUAAAGAUGCCGUAGCGGGGAAACUAUAUGUUCUUAUUGCAAUGCCAAAACUCUGCUUUAUAAGGAUUAUGGCGGUUUUCGCCGAGAUCCAUCACUGAACAUCAGACACCAGCGUCAACCUGCAGCUGCGAGGGACUCGGUUUCACAGAUAUGCUCAUAUGCCACUGCUGUUGUGCCUUUGGGGGUCAGUCAGCCAUAAAUAAGGCGAAACGUGUUUUUCGACAGAGGCUGCGCUUCCUGUAUCUGGGAACAAUGACGACAGUGUUAUUCCCUUUCUGUCACACUUUUUGGUGCAGAUGGCUGGUCGCUUUAUAAUUUGUACGGCAAGGGGUUUUUGUAUUUGUCUUAUUUAAUGACUAAGAGAAAUAAAUCUCUUAAUUUAUCAGUUUU